GAAGAGGUGUGAGCUGCGCUGCGCCUUUCUGUUGGCUGGACUCCGACCGGACCAAAUGGCUAGAAGAAGACGUUGUGGCAAAAUCAAACUUUCAUAAGAAGAUUAGAAAAAAAAACAAACAACAAAAACAAAGAAGUUAUCGUGGCUGGCUGAUAUCACGGAGAUGGGGAACAGCAGCAGUGACAGGGCCAGUGGGGGUCAGGGUGAAAGACCAUACCGAGAUGGACAGCAAGGUGGGAAGGAGACCCGGUCCAACAUAUUGAUGGACAGCACAGAGGACGCAGACGAUCCAAAGGCUCCACAGGAAAUUCAGGAGUUUCUGGCUUGGCAACAGGAUGUGGAGAGUGAGAGUAAAAGUCCAACACUGGCUAGGCCCACUGUUUUCAGAUGGUCUGGGGGGGCCAAAGACGUCUUUGUGUCUGGCUCUUUUAACAACUGGGCCACCAAGAUCCCACUCAAUAAAAGUCACAGCAAUUUUGUGGCUAUUGUUGACUUGCCUGAGGGGGAGCACCAGUAUAAGUUUUGUGUCGAUGGGAAUUGGAUCCUCGAUCCGACUGGGGCUGUGACGACAACAAAGACGGGAACAAUUAACAACAUUAUCCAGGUGAAGAGGACCGACUUUGAAGUGUUUGAUGCCCUCAGGAUUGACUCACAAGAAACUGCAGAUAUCUCGGACUUGUCCAGCUCUCCUCCAGGCCCGUACCAACAGGAAGCAUAUGUAACCAAGUCAGAUGACAAGAUUAAGCAUCCCCCCAUCUUGCCACCACACCUGCUGCAAGUGCUGCUGAAUAAGGACACAGGCAUAUCUUGUGACCCCACCCUGCUCCCAGAGCCAAACCAUGUGAUGCUGAAUCACCUGUAUGCCCUCUCCAUUAAGGAUGGGGUCAUGGUUCUCAGCGCAACCCACCGAUACAAGAAGAAGUACGUCACCACUCUUCUUUACAAGCCAAUAUAACCCAAGAAAUCCAUAUGAGCUGGUCUCUUCCAACGAAAUCAAAUAUAUGUAGUGCUUUAAUCCUGUCGUGUUAUGUUAAUCUUUUAUAAGUACUUUUUAAAUUGUACUCAGUCAAUGAUCAUACCUCUCGAAAUGAGAGACGGCUGUUUGUGCUUUUGUAAACUGAAAUUCUGUGCUUUGCUAAACCAAAAAAAAAGAAGAAAAAAAAGGUUUAUUUUCAAUCUCACUAGAGUUUUAACAUAAACCAUUUCAUGAAGUUUGAAAGAGAAAUAACUUGUAAUGGGUUUGCUUUGUACAAAAAAACUUAAUGAAAUGAUCACAAACAAUUUAUUUUGUUUUGCAAUACUAUCCUUUAAUUAUAAACUAGAACUGUAUUUAUGAAAAAAACCAGGUAACGCUUCACAUUAAGUGCAUGUAAUAAAUGUUAGCUAAUAGGUAAUAAGGCCCUAAUAAGUCCUUAUAAAAUGCUUAUUAACAUUAUUAUGUGUUAAUAAGACUGUAUAAGUGUUAAUAGGCCCUGUGAUGGCCUGGCGGCCUGUCCAGGGUGUCUCUCCGCCUGCUGCCCAAUGACUGCUGGGAUAGGCUGCAGCAUCCAUGCGACCCUGAGAGCAGGGUAAGCGGUUUGGAUCAUGGAUGGAAGUGUUAGUAACGUCAUAAACACGUUUUCGGCCACUAGGUGGCGCUUGCAAAAUAUGCAAAACACUUUUUCACCCAAUCUGCAUUAAGACUUUACAGGUAGCAUCUAAGGACCCUCAUGAUUAAAAGUUAUUAAAAUAACUUUGAUAGUCCACAAAAUGAAAGUUAAGGGCAUAUUAACUAACGCUUAUUAUGGUGUUAUUAACACAAUGUUAAUAAGAAUUUUAUAAGGACUUAUAAGGGCCUUAUUACCUGUUAACUAACACUACAUGCACUUCAUGUAGAGCGUUACCAAAAACUACAACAUGUUAAACAAAUUAAAUGCUUUUCUUUUUUUUCCCAAACAAUUUGCAAGGAAAGUAUUCUUGUGCAAUGAUUUCCAGUGUGUUCUUCCAACCUUUACCCUGGGAUGACCUUCUGUUCUUUUCUGUGUAUUUAUGAGCAUUGCUGAUUCUUAACC